AUGUCUUGUGAUCGAUCCGAAUCAGCGCAAAAUGUUACAAACCAUAUGGAAGGCAUUAAUGAUGGCACGCCACUCUAUUACUGUGAUAGGAAUAACAAAUCAAACGGUAAUACAAGAAAAGCAGAGCAAUCACUUUAUGCUGUAUCAGCAGUAACAGUGAUAUUUAUAAUAAUUGAAUUCUUGGGUGGUUAUUUUGCUAAUAGUUUAGCAAUUAUGACCGAUGCUGGCCAUAUGAUUUCUGAUUUGCUAAGUUUUUGUGUUGCUAUUGUUGCAAUGAAAUUAGCACAAAAAAAGCCAACGAAACACUUACCAUUUGGAUAUUACAGAGCUGAAAUAUUAGGCGCAUUAAUUAGUGUAGUAAUGAUCUGGGCGUUAACAGCUAUUCUCGUUUAUGCAGCUGUCGAACGAAUAAUUGAACAAAAUUUCGAUGUUGAUGCAACAGUUAUGCUGUAUACAGCAGCGAUAAGUGUUCUAUUUAAUGUGAUUAUGGGCAUUAUUUUACAUUUUGGCAAAACAGCGCAUUCACAUUUUGGAAUGUCAUCGCAUAGUCAUGGCAAUGAGAAAACAUUUCCAAUUGAUCUCGAGGAAGGUUCAUGUAAAGUUUAUCAAAAUGAUAUGAAAGAUAUGAGAUGUGAGCAAGAUAAUAAUGCGAAUAUCAUUAAAACGGUUAGUGUAACCGAUCAUGAUCAUCAUAUGUUCGAAUUUGGGGCUAAUAUUAAUAUUCGAGCGGCAUUUGUUCAUGUUCUUGGUGAUUUAUUACAAUCUCUCGGUGUUCUAUUUGCUGCGUUAAUAAUUAAAUUUACAGAUUAUCCAUUGGCAGAUCCUAUCUGUACAUUUCUUUUUUCAAUUCUCGUUAUGUUGACAUCAUUUUCGGUAGCUCGAGAUUCGGUACUUAUUCUGAUGGAAGCAUCUCCUAAGCAUAUUGAUGUGGAUACACUGUAUAAUGAACUAUGUGCUAUUGAAGGAGUUCGAGAUGUGCACUCACUUCGAGUAUGGUCAUUGACCAUGGAUAAAGUGGCAUUAUCGGUACAUCUGGAUACCGAAAAAAAUUGUGAUUCGAAUCAUGUGGUGCAUGAAGUUAAUGAAAAGUUGAAAUAUAAGCAUGGAAUUCACUUUAUCACUAUUCAGGCGCAAUGUAUAUGUAACCGAAGCGUUUCAUGCCAAUCAUUUUCAACUGCAACAGUAACACCAAUUCAGGAUAUUCUAAGGAAAAAAAACAGCGAUUUUCGCUCAAACGGGUUGCAAUUUAACGUUCUAACGUUUUAUAAAAAUAAUGCGCUAUUGAUCGACGAUGUGAAAUGGCAGGAAAUGUUACCUCGAGAAAACUCUUGCGUUAUGGAUACGGAGUGCACUGACAGUCCUAUUUCCGCAUAA